AUGAAAACGAAAAAUAUUCGAACCCCUAUUCCCCAAAACGAAAUUUAUAAAUUACGAAAAUAUUUAAACUUUACUAUUAAUAAUAAUUCAUCUAAUUCUUCUCCCGAACCAAUGUCUAUAAAUACUAAUUUGGUGGCAACUACCGAAUCCUCACUUCAGGCGGCCCCCACCGCUGAAAUUUCUUCUAAAUUUUCAGAAAUAUCAAUUACUGCUAAACCAACUGCCCAUCCACCAAUCCUUCCUCCAUCACCAACACCCCCACCAACCAACAUGCCUGUGGAUGAAAUCCCACUGCCAAUUCAACCACCACAAUCGCUUGCGUCUCCGGAACUGAAAAUGAUUUUGGAUCCCCCACCGCCUCCACCCAGCUCUCCCAUCAAGUUCCCAAUCAGCCGUGUACGUGUGCUCCCUUCUGGCUUUGUUGAACGUCUCCCAGCAUCAACCAUUUCAAAAAAUCAAUUGGCCAAAUUGCGAAAGAAUAAGAAUAAGAAAUUUAUGAAAAGAAACAUUUCACACAUUCCCCCAUUAAACUCAUUAAAAUUUACGGUCCCCCCUGUUGUUGGGCGAAAGCCCCAUAUUAUAACUAAUUAUAACAAUUUAAACCCCAACUGGCCCACCCAAAACAAUCAAAAUCAAUUUUCAGUUCCGAGAACCCAAGCUCCACCACAAAAUACUAUUGUUACUAACACCAUGGUCCCCAUUGUUUAUUUGCCUAACAAUCUUCUCCCCCUAUUUAAUGUCCAACCAAUUCAUCCAAUUUUCGCCGCGGGACUGUCGCAUCCUGCGAAUUAA